ACCAAAUCUACUUGCAAGAAUGCGUCGUACUAUGAACAGCGGACAGCGGGUGAUACGGCACGAUUCACGAACGCCGAGCGCGCUUCCGAAAGCACUUUCGCCUCUGUUCGGCUACACUCGGCCGCUUUCGUCCCCCACAGCUGACUGGGCGAACGAGCGAGCGAGACGCAAAUGCUUCAAUUCCAUGCGAUCGAGCGGGACAGUGACGCGCGCAACCCCGACGUCCGCCAUUUAUUUCUUUCUAGUGCUCGACUCUGUCGUAGUGACAACGUAUUUCAUUAUCAAUAGCGAAAAUCUUGUUCGUUUUACUUGUGAAAUUUAUGUAUUAAAUUUUAUGCAAAUAUUGUAAAACUACCGCGUAUACGGUUUUUGUGUUUGUCUACAAUGGAAUCUAAUGUGUCUUAAUAGUGAAGUGAAGGGCUCCCAAACGAAAUAUGGCUGGUUCGGUCGCAUCUGUUGUCAACACAAAAUAACGUGGAUUAGCCAAGUUGGAAUAAAAUGUGAACGAGUAUUAGUAAAUAGGACUAUGUGGGUUGUAAUAUAAUGAAUUGGCAGCACAAAAUAUUGGUGCUGGCAAUUAUUUGCACAGCUGUGGAGGCGGAUGUCUGCCCUACCACAUGCUCCUGUGACUCUACCCAGCUCACAUGCCACUCCACUCAUGUUCAAGGGGGCAAUCUCACACGGGCACUCCUUGCAAACUAUGGCUUCAACCUCCAAGAGAUCACUUGGACAAAUGCAAACAUAAAAUACAUAGAAUUAGGUGCAUUCGAAGGAUUGUACAAUUUAGAAUACAUUGACUUGACCAGAAACGAAAUCAAAAGAACUGAAAAUAAACUCUUUAGCAAACUUACCCGGUUAAAACAUUUAAACAUAUCGAGGAACAAUCUUGAUGAUAUACCUAGACUUACAUUCACAGAUCUAGAAAAUUUGGAAGUCUUAGAUGUAUCUUACAAUGAUCUCCAGGUGAUUCCAUUCCAGGUCUUUGCACCACUGACUAGAUUGCAGUAUUUGGAUAUAUCAUUUAACAGAAUAGCUUCAUUCUUAGAUUUCUAUUUUAAUCCUAACAGACAACUGAAAACAUUGUUCCUAAAUAAUAAUAGCCUAGUCAAAAUUACUUCUAAUGCUCUAGUCAACUUGAAUAAAUUGGAGACACUCGAUAUAUCAAGCAACAAACUAGAUUAUAUUCCAAAAAAUAUGUUUGAUUACUUUGAACUACUGAGGAAUCUUAAUCUUAGCUACAAUAACUUUCAAAACAUAUCAAGCGAUGCUUUUAAGAACCUGAAAAAUCUAAGAUGGUUGGACAUGGGAGGAAAUAGACUGAGAUUGUUACCACCAAUGAUCUUCCAUCAUAAUGAAAAUUUAAAAACUCUCUACCUUGAACACACUGAAGUUACGGUUAUACAGAAUACAAAUUUCAAAGGCUUAAGUAAUUUACAGGAACUGUAUAUAAGAAAUAACAGUCAUCUACGAGAAAUAGAGCAAUUUGUUUUUCAAGAUACACCAUCAAUUACACGCUUGGAUAUAAGUGCAAAUCUUUUAUCGUUUCUGCCAUUGUCUAUGAAGCAACUUGAACAAUUACAGGAAUUGAAAAUUUCUAACAAUCCCUGGGCUUGUGAUUGUAGAAUGGCAUGGUUUGCCAGUUGGGUGGAUCAAAGACCACAGAUUAUUAAAUCUGAUUUGAGCUGUGGUCCUCUAUCAUAUCCUAAUGAUAUGUUACCGAUUUUGAGACACACUAAUUGCAGAGAGCCUGAACUAAUUCACAGUAGCCCAUUGACUUUGUAUAGAUUGCAGUCAGAUGCCCUACUGGAAUGUAAAUUCAGUGGGAACCCAGCUCCUUCAUUAACUUGGAUUACACCUACGAGUGCAGUAUACCAUUGGAACCCUGAACCUUUGAUACCAGACAUAUUCCACAAACAUGGAAUAGCCCACGACCAGUACUAUCACCCUAUAGAUAAUGGGAAAUCUAGAGUCAGAAUUCUUGACGAUGGAUCGCUAUUUAUUACUGAUAUUCAUCGUGAAGACUGUGGAACAUACUUAUGCUUUGCAACGAAUCCUUCCGCCAACGUGUCGGCGGAGGUGAUACUAAACAUAGAUCCUAUGACAAUGUAUGAGAUUAAAAUAUAUAGUCUGAUAUGUGGAGCGCUUUGUGCUGCAGGAUUCCUAGGCCUCACUUUGUUGGUACAAUUUAUAAGAUAUAUAUUUCACAGGUUCCGCCUAUUGGAGACAUGUUGUAGUUGUUGUACCUGCGUCAGUAGAGACGCGCCUCGUACGCGGCAAAUUUAUAGCAUGUUGGACAAUAUAGAGCAGUACAAGAAACUACAGUUAGAUAAGCUGAGAGAAAAUUAUGCCAUACAAGUUCAUCGUAUAAAGGAUAACUGUACUCAGCAAAUGGAAUGGAUACAGAAUAGCUACUCAUCGCAAGCAAGUCAUUUACGUAACAUAAGAGACAUAGGAACAAAUCACUUGACAGCAAUGAAAGACCAGUAUUAUGAUCAGGUAAAACGCGUCAGAGAAUACUCUACAAGUCAACUGAACUGGGUUCGCGAAAACUACGUAUUCCAAAGAAACAAAAUCAGAAAGUUCAGCGCUCACCAGAUACUGCGGCUCCGCGAAUCAUACAAGUACCAGCAGCAGACCUUGAACAAAGUAUUGGAGAAUCUGCCCAGUUUGUACUUCGAGAACUGCCGCAGCGGUUCUUGCGGUCACAGCGACUCUAUGGCUUUCGAUCCCGACGUGGAGGUGAUAGACAUGUACCUCAAGACUAAGAUUGAGAAACUGGCGCAACUACCGAAUACGAUAGACGACGAGAGCAAGAUAUCCGUGUACUACACGCCCACGGAGAGAUCGGUCAACUCUCGCAGGAACUCUCCCAUAACCAUUCCUGAUGGGAUCCACAUCAACAUGAUCGAGCGCGGCCCGCCGCGUCUGCUGGCGAUGAUCAAACCGCUGCAGUGCGAACCUCCUCCACCGUCAUUGGAAACACAGACGCCACCAGGAUCUCCCUCGCCGACGACGUCCAAGUGCGGAAUGCCUGUACGCCAGCCGAAGUGCAAUCGCGGGGAGUCCUCGAAGCCGUCGAGCGAGCCUUUGCUCGGGCGGGACCAUGUGAUAAUCGAGAGAGGGCGACGGAGAUGUCAGCUGCCUUCGAGCGCUAGUUCGCCGGAGCUGAGUUCUGACAGAGACGAGACUGAACUUAAUGCGUCGCACGAACAAGCACGGGUAUUGUUGGCGGUGGAGCUGACGAAGCCGGAGUGCCAGGUGCGGCACGCCGCCUGCCAACUAGUAUGCGGCGAAUGCGCACAGCUCUGCGAGAACACACCAUUGUAGUAUAGGCUACUGACGCGUGUCUUUAAAAUCUACGCGUUAUCUGGCCGUAGACUCUCGCGGCACCGCCCUCCCGACAUGCGCCUCUGUGACUAUGGCGGUGGGCCGUCGCCCUCUUACGUGUAGGAACAUAUCUUGCCGAGCUGAUUCAUUAGUGAGAAACGAUUGGCCGUAUUACGGACGCUCGCCGCCGAUGCGGACACCGCUUGUACUUCUAAGUGAGCUGUGAUAGACUAGAUUUGAAUUUACAUACGUUUAGACGAUCGCUUCCCCGAUUCGUCUAGUGGUAGGUUGUAAGGAGUAUACUAAAUAUGAUCUGUUAUCGAUCGUGUAGUGAAUCUGAUCCCGUUUAAUUAAGUGUUCUGUGGGUAACAUAGGUCAUGUAAAUACGUCUUUAUUUCGAUCAUUUUCCAUUUUGAUGUAUACUUAGUGUAAACUCUUAGAGUAUUAUGCAUUUUAUAUUUGUUCAACUUAACAGUAGAAUAAAGUGAGGUAUAAUGAAGUUGUUACGAUCUUGUUGAAUUGUUGCGCGGUUAUUGUACGUUGGUGUAUCCCUUAAGCCGCCACUGCGUCACUCCACUACACAUUCAAUUCCUUUGUCGUCUCACAUUCGUCUAAAAUUGACCUAUAGAACCUAUUAAAUUAUUUAUAUUUAUGUCUACAUAUAUAUUUUUUAAUAACGUACAGUUUGAACAAAACGAGUCUUGCAGUGAUAUGCCAAAUACUACAAUCCAGCAAUGAUAAUUAUAACGUUUCUUAAUAUAAAGUAUACAAAUAUUGUUGAAGAUUUUCUAAAUAUAUAAACAAGAGUAAUCAGCUAAUCAUGAAGAAUAAAUUAUUUUUAAAUGUAUUUUUUGUAUUAUUUCUAAACCAUUUUAUUCAAAAUAUAGUUUUAUAUUUAUUAAAAUAUUCAGAAAAUUAACUCGUCAGACAAAUUAUGUCAACACUUAAUUAGUCAUCCCUCGUUCGUCACUUUGAAACCAAUUAAGAAAGUGUAAAUAACCUUGUUUUGUAAUGGAGUUAACAUUAAAUUUAAUUAGUCAAAAAAAGCUACUGUCUACUCUUAAUAAUACUAUGACAUAAUCAGCUCGAAACAGAAUAUGCAGGGAAAUUAAAUGAUCAUAAAUAUACGGGGAAAUAAAAUUAUCAUAAAAUUAACAAAUGUCUUAAUCUGCAGCAUUGAAAUUUGAGAGCCUAAGUACUAUACACCGAUAUUGUUAUUUUUGAGCAGAAUUCAUACAAGCAUACAUAUUACUUUACGAUGGAUAUUAUAUCCUUUGCGAUCAAGGAUUAUAAGAGGUCAAUUAACUUACAUUUGCGAUUCGAUGAACAGAGCAAAAAUUUAAUCAGAAUUAACUUUGUCUUUAUAAGCGUUUGUAUGGAAAAUCUCAUCCGCCAUAUAUUCACUAUACCUCAUAAGCUUGUUACUUUAGAUACUCAUUUCCGCCAGUGCGCUGUGAGCUUGGUGCAUUACCUAAAUAAAAUGAGUUUGACGUUUGCAGACCACUUUUUUAUAUUGCCUUUGCAUACGACCUUUUCUGGUUUUCACCACUUUUGCAUAAUAAUAAUAAUGAAUUGUUUGACAGAAGAUAUGUGAAUUCAACAUUGGGUGCGUUUAGCCGACAAAAAGGCUAAGCAGCAUUCGAGAAUGCUUGACAGUAUUAGACUAUGCUAACUAGUAUUAUUGGCUGUAACUAUACUUUAGUUGAUUCAACUGAAGUUAGCGAUGAGUGCUAGAAUUUUUAUAAGAAUAAUUAACAAUUAUAACAAUAAAAUUAUAUAUUUUAGUUAAUUAUAUAUUAAUUAUUAUUUUGUUAUUUUAUAUUUUUUUUCCAGUGCUACUUAGCAAUCACCAUUUUUCUUUUAAUGCAGCUUAGCCUUUUUUCGGCUAAACGCACCCAAUGUUCUGACAAUAGUAAGAAAAGUGGGUAAACUGUUUCUUGAGGACUGGAGUUCAUGAGUUGACAUAAUAGCAAUUAAAUAAAAGAUUCGACCAUUACGUCUACUUUCAGUGUGCGAAAUUGUAAUAAGUUGAAAAAAAAUCUAUGAAAUUAUGUUACUGAUGUUAUGCUAAUUAUUAUAUUAUGAGUACAAGAGUUGUUUCUAUUUUGUGGGUUACUUCUUUUUGAGUCACGCUACGUUUCCACGGAGACAUCAAAAUGUUGAGUAUUGUUUGCUAAACCUGGUAGUCCUAAUAAAUAAAUAAACCCCAUAAAUUAACGUGACCAGCUUACUUGAUUAAAAUUACAAAAAACUUGGAACGCUUAAUGACGGGCAAGGAGCCCGUUUGUUCAAAGUUAUCGUAGUUACAAUGAAUU